UCAUCACAACUACUGAAUCCAUCUCUUUCAAUUAAUCUGAAAAAGAGAAAAAAAAGAGAAAAAAGUAGACCGUUUGAAGAGAUGAUGAGUGAAUCGCCGGCGGCCUGUCUUCUCCGAUCAAACUCUCAACCAGUCGCCACUUCCACCAUCGGCGGUUUUCACGAGAAUGAAUUGAUGAGAGCUUUAACAUCAUCAGUCUCGUUUGGAAGAUAUGCUUCGGAAUCAUUUGUUAGUGAUAAAUGGACAGCCUUUACUAGUAAUAGGUAUUUGGAAGAAGCUAAGAAAUCAUCUAAACCUGGUUCAGUGAAAGAGAUGAAAGCUUAUUUUGAUUCCCAUUACAAGAAAAUUGCAGCAAAUAAAGCUGCUUCAUUGCUUGAACAUCCAAGUGAAGAUUCUGAUGACCAAAUUGCUAAAGAAGAAGAAGAAGUUGCUCAAUAUGAAACAGGGGAUGAUGGGCUUGAUCUGAAUAGGGAGAUGGAAAAACAAGAUUCCACAUUUGUCGACAAUGAAAACAGUCAUGUUCUUGCUGUUGAAGAAGAAGAUAGAGCAAAUAUAGUCAACAGUCCUGUUCCACCCAAAUCUGCUGUUGAAGAAGAAGAAGAAGAAGACAAAGAAAAUAUAGUCAAGAGUCCUGCUUCAUUCAAAGUUGUUGUUGAAGAAGAAGAAGAAGAGAAUAUAGUCAACAUUCCUGUUCCAUUUAAGAAACCCAAAGAAGAUAAGAAGAAAAAACCCAUAAAUUCUUUCUCAAAGUCUUCCAUUAAUGGCAGCAAACCAUUCAAACCUCUUCCACCUCCUCCCCCACCUCCUCUUCGUCCUUCAUUAUCGAAAUCAGCUCAACCAAAGCCAAUUACUACAAACAAGACUCCUCUUAGACAAAUCAAGAAAGAAACUUCAACUCCUAUCAUCAAAAGGAUUCAAAAAAUUAAGAUAGAUGAUUCAACUCCUGUCAUCAUGAAGAAGAAGAAGACUGCUGCUAUUAAUUUGGUGGAAAGUAGACUACUGAAACCAAAUCCAGUUAAUAAACCAUUAGCACAACACAAAGAGUCAUCCCAAUUGAUAGCUGCUGCUGACAAAGGGAAAGAGAAAAAGAAGAGGAUGUUGUCUUCCCCAACAAAACACAAGAUGCAGGACAAAAAAGUGGAGAAGAAGAGACAAUCAUUCUCAACUACCAUUACAGUUGUCAAGAAGAAAUUUGAUAGCAGCAAAACACAACUACCCACCAUUAAUCAUCAUCACCAAUUAACAGAGAAGAAGAAGAAAUCAUCUGUUCAAGAAUUGAACCAAAGACCACCUUGGAGAUUUUCUUUCAAAUCUAGCCCAGAAAGGAAAAAUGUUGGUGGAGGAGGAGGAGCAGAAGCAUAUCCAGUCAAUUCGAUGAUGACACCAAGAAAGAAAAGAAUUUUCAGGUAA